GAUACACCGGACAUAAUAUGGAGUUAGGCCCACUGAAGUCUGCUGGUUUGCCUAGUAAACCCACACCUAACCUAACGUGUUCACGCAAGCAAGGAUGCACAUUCUAAGGCAUCCUCGAGAUUCUCUCCUGAAUUGAACAUUCAAAUUCAUCAUCAACCUUUUUCAUUUCCUUGUUGAACCCGUUUUACACUUCUACACGCAGCUACACACUCGUCCUCGCACCAUAUUAUAGUUCGUCCUUCGAUAUUCUUUCCUACUACCUUUCCUAUUAAUAAUCAAAUGUGGUUUAUUGAAUACGGUGCUUCUGAUGUAUCUGUUCUUAAAAACCCGUUGACUUUGAAAUUCUCAAGCCUUGACAUCAGCAUUUGAUAGCUCUAAAGCAAUUGACGGAUUACGGGCCACCACCUCUUCUAGACGAUCAACCGACGAAGUGACUCUUCUGGCCUGCUGUGGUGGAGUGGCACAUUUGAGGCCAGAAGAGGUGCACAUUUGAGGAGAACACAAACGAACCAGGAGGAUGCAAGUAUGACUGCUCCGACGUAAGCACAAAUGCGUAAUAUGCACAGUGAUCGGCGGCUACGUGGGGGUUGCUGUUGGAGAACUAAUCAUGAAAUAAUAUAACGAAAUAUAAUUAAUACACAUCAUGACGAUCGAGGGUCACCAGGCACCUUGUUACAUGAUUGAUUACUCGUAUUGCAACAGCACAGAUGAACAAUGACAUGAUGAGAAGGAGAACGAACUAUGUCCCCCCUCGUACAACUCUUUACUACACCCCCCCUUGUACAGAACAAGAACAAACACACACACACACACACACAGAAGUCGCAGUCAUCUACUGGAACAGGAAAAGAAAGGCUCCUGCGCCAUUCGGCGACAUCUUUACGCAGAUUGGAAGCGCAGUCAUGUAAGUAGACGAAGGUUUAG